CCGCCAUCCUCGCUGAGAUCCAGCUUGUUUUGUGUUAAUGUUUUCAAAGUGGUGGAACAUAAUUCUGUGUGCUGCUUUCAUGUGUUUGCAGGUGAACAGCGAAGAAGCCAAAGCGCCUCCAGAUGAACAUGGAGGUGAAGACAGUGCUUUCUUCGCCCUGAGGAGUUGCCACCAGCUGCUGCACGGCGACACCGGCGAGUUUUUCUCCCCGGACUACCUGUGCUCCAACCCAUCUCUGUGGUGCAACUGGACCAUCCAGGUGGAUCCCGGAAAGAGGGUCCAGCUCCACCUCGAGGACCUGACCUCCGAUGACGCCUGCCACCUCAAACAGGACCAGAUCCACGUGGAUGAGCCCGCCGGACAUUCUAGGGCUCACAAGGUCCUGCAGAAGUGCUGGCGAGAGGCCAAGUACACCUCCUCUUCCAACACUCUGUACGUGGUGCUGCUGAUCGGCGGCUGGCCCACCCCGCCCUACAGGGGCUUCUAUGGCCGCUACCAGGCGUUUGGACCACCGGUGGUUUACAACCCACAGGAAGGAUUCACAGAGACAAACAGGAAGUCAGAACCAUCUCUUGGACAGGUAGACUUCAGGGAAUUUGGACCAGUGAUGAAUGGUGGACAGAUGGAGUCAGAUUUGCUGCAGCAUCCGUCACCAGCAAAUUCUGAUGUCGUGUAUGAUUAUUAUGAUCAACCUUCAGCCGUGAGGGCUGAGCUGCCGUGGGAGGCCGAGGAGGACACAGACACUGAGAUGGCUGAAAGCCGCCAUCCAGCCUCAGAGAGCUACAGCCACGUCAACCCAUUCAUAGCUGAUCCCACAGUGCCAGCCUCCACUCAGGGGACCUCUAGAUCGGAAAGAGGUGCCGCUCAAACCCCUUCAGGCCCAUCUGACUCGGAUGUCCAUCCUGCAUCUCCGCAGCAGCAACCUGACCGUCAGAACCAUGAGCUCAAACCCACCACUCGCACCCCAACAGCAGUAAGAAGGAACGUGGAGGAAGCUUCAACCCAUCCAGAGGAAGCUGCUGCUCCAGGCGGUGAGAGCAGCACACAGAGCCUGUCCGAGCAGAAGUCUGCCGAGAACAGGACGGAGGACGGCGUGGCCUCAGACCAGCUUCCUCCCCCCUCUGAAGGACCAGACCCAGAGGAGCCUGAGCAGACUCAUUCUCACCCCAAUAUGGUGGAGCCGCUGUCGGACCACAGAGGGAGCCGCAACAGCAGAAAUCACUCUGAAAUUCCACUUCUUCCUGGUGAUCACCUGUUCGAGGUGGCUGUUGAAGUGAAUUUCAGUCAGGAUCUGGAGGAGUCCUGGGACAACCUGGCCAGGUCGCUGCUGCUGUCAGUGAAGGUUUUGAUCAGCGAGCAGCUGGAGGCUCUGCACAUGCCGCUGUCCAUGACUUCUAAGAGAAUAAAGAGGUUGAAUGCAGGAGUGCUGUACAUCCUCUGGCUGCAGAUUGGACAGGGUCCUGGAGGUCCGCAGGUCCACAGGGCCGUCCACUCCGCCCUGCAACGCCUCAUCGCCAUGGAUGUCCCCGUCCAAGGAAACCAUGAAGAAUCUGUCAUCACCUCUGUGUCGACGGCAGAUGUAAACGAGUGUGGGACCCAGCUGGUGCUGUGUGACGUCAACGCAGACUGCGUGAACCGGUUCGGUUCAUACGCGUGUCGCUGCAGACCGGGUUUCCAGGACGAGUCCCGGCUGGGAUCAGGAGGAACGGUCUGUGUUGAUGUGAGGGCUGCAGGUUGCAGCUCAGGCCUGUCUGCUGAGACUAAAGGCGUCUACGUGCUUUUCUUCCUGCUCAGCACCCUCAUCCUAAUGCUGAUGGCGGCGGCCGGCAUGCUGUACCACCGUCACCACCGGGGGGCGUUCCUGGUUCGCUGCCACAGCGGCAGCAGCAUCUCCCCUCCUGACCCCAACAACAACCACCACCAUCAGGACGACAGCUACUCCAGCCCUGCUGACUCUGACCUGCCCCCCCCACCCGUACCCGCCAGGGGCUACAGGGAGGGCUGGCCCCAGGUGAAAAAGUGCUGCCCGGCCGUGGACCUGCCGCUGCUGCGCUUCAGCCCGCUGCUGCCCCCGGACGGCUUCAUGGAGCAACAGGAGGGUGGGAAGAUGUAACAGACGGUGGACAUGGCGCUGUAAUGCUUCACAAUAUCUUAACUCAUGAA